AACACCGCCCACAAUUCUACAUUCUUCAUCCAGAGCGCAGUCCACCCCUGAGCAGCUAUAUUGGGAUUCUAGAAGACAAUGAACACAAAGAAUGGUUUAUUAACUGAAAGAGAACAUAUAUAAGAAUUACUUAUACUAUAUUGCCAAAAGUAUUGGUACCCCCUCCAAAUCAUGUGAUUCAGGUGUUCCAAUCCCCUCCAUGGACACAGGUGUAUACAAUCAAGCCCCUAGGCAUGCAGACUGCUUCUACAAAUAUUGGGGAAAGAAUGGGUCGCUCUCAGGAGCUCAGUGACUCCAAGCGUGGUCCCGUGAUAGGUGGCCACAUGUGCAAUAAGUCCAUCCGUGACAUUUCCUGGCUACUAAAUAUUCCACACUCAACUGUUAGUGGGAUU